AUGGGGAACGACUUCGAUCAGACUUCCAACGUGACACUGCAUACUGUCCUCACGUCUGGGGAACUCGCAACAAAUGAAACCGAAGAAGGCACUGAGCUGUUGGCUAAAGUCGCGCAACAGACCACAACGGUGCAACCUGAAGCGUCUGCCACUCCCUCGACUAAUGUCACCGUAACCCCUGGAGUUCCGCUUGUACUCUCAAAAACUCUUGCGCCCGAUGUGGCAACUAUUUUGAAGAACGGAUGCGAAGAAGGUCAUACCGACCUCAGAGUUUGCGAACCUUAUUUCGCAGACUAUUUGGGUAAGGUCAAGGAUUGGGCUGAUAGGCACAAUCAGGUGAUGGGAGAGCAGAUGUGGAAGGUGAGCACAGUUUAA